UCGCGUUACAUCCCCUUCCAAUGCCCCUCUUCUCGCAGCAAGUGGCGAGCGAGAUGGUUCUAUCUUUAGAUAGAGAACUCGGAUCCCGUCCUUGUUGUCCCUAAAGAACAGCCAAACAAAAUCCCAGAGUGGACCACCAAACCCGCCCUGACUCCCUCCCUCUAAUCUUUCAUCGACAUCAUUGAUGAUCUCCGAAAACGGGGGUUGUCGGUGUACGAAGUCGCUGCCGACUUCGUAGAUAGGCGGAUUCAACCGCUGCAGGCCCGCGCCCAUCCGGCCUUUGAUUACUCUAGGCCAGAGGACACGACCCGGGUCUCUCCUCGGGGUAUUUUUUUCUCGUAUUUCUAAUUUUGUUCCGAGUGCAUCCGUUUCUCCUGACUUAUCGAGUUCUCGUUCUCGAUUUACAGGUCUGGACAGUGACACCGUGGAACGCCGUGUCGGACAGGUGAUGAUGAGCGCCCCCUCAGCGGCGGACGACAUCCCCGUCUCUCUUUGCGAGAAGAACCCGGCCGAACGCAUCGCUGCAAUUAAUGCUCUCCCUCUGACGGACGUCAUCGGGCCACUCGUGGACCACCAGGCGGCAGCGUCGUUGAAGGAAAGCGUCGCCAAGGAGGCGUCUGACAUUGUUGUUGCUGCCACCACGAGUGGCAGCAAUGUUCCAAAGAGGGGAAGGAAAUUCUCCUUCGUACUCAGGACCCAUCGGAAAGCGACGAACUCUGCGGACUCGGACGCGUCCCCUCUGCCUCAGCGAAGGCAGAGGUUCGUGACGAUCGGCGAGAAGAUGGCGCGGGCGAAGGUGGCGCAAGGCAGGACUGAUGCUGCUUCCAGCGCGUCCCCUACGGCAACCUCGACAGGAUUCGUGGUUACCGCUAAGGACCAGGAGGUGACGCCGAGUAGCCCUGUCGUCAGCCUCGUGCCUACCCGGAGCCUGUCCACCGACGCCCUCACCUGGGGAGAACUCCAAGCGGAGAUGGAGCGCCUCCUCCAGGCCGGUGCUUGCGGCGUAGGUUGCGAGAUCGAGGAGGCCAGGGCGGCGGCGUUGUCGGCAAACCAGCGUGCCGACCAGCUGGCGCGCGACCUGGCGGAGGCUCACGAGGACCUCCAAAAGAUGAGGGAGCUGGUGGCCGGCAAUGAGAUGCAGUGGCGUGGACUUGAGCACCGGAUGUCGGAGCUCGAGGGCCACAUGAUCGACAUCCGCGGUUCUCUGCGGACGUCGUUCACCAGCCUGCACUAACUUGUCGGGGAGUGCGGUGUCAUGACUACUAUCCCGGCGUACCCCGAUGAGUUCUCGCUGACGUCGUCGCUCGCGGAACUGACUACGGCGAUGGAGGAGAUCCCCUCCAAGCACGUGACCAGGAUCGGCGAGGAGACGUCUAACGGCAUCUAUACCGGAGCAUGCCACGUCCUUGCGUGCAUGAGGCUGGCGCAUCCCGAUCUAGACCUUAAGAGAGCUUUGGAUCGGGGGGCCGCCGAUGACGCGCGCAAGAUUAUGACGGAAGAAGUCGGUGACUUGGGGGAGUCCGUCCUCCCCCUUUUUGAAGAGUAGGAUAUCUUCAUGCUGUAAAACUAUUUGUGGAUCCAAAUUGCUCUUAUCUAAACAGCUGUUUCCCUUGUUUCCUUAGCAUGUGAUUCCGAGUACUUUGUUGUCAUUGUAGAGAUGUUGAUAUCGAGGAUAUCCAGCAGCACGGGCAGC